AUGGAGGAUUUGGACUUUCCGAUUUGUAUACUGAAAAUGAAUCUACAAUGUUGUGAAGAUUUUCCUUCUCGGAUCAAGAAGCUUUUGCGUAAAGUAAAAGGAGUUUACGCUAUUACCAUAGACCCGGCUAAGGGUCUGAUUAUAGUCUCCGGCACAGCAGAACCUCCGGUACUUAUCAAAGCCGUCGAAAAAAUGGGACAAAGUCCACAACUUUACGCUUACGAGAAGGAUCCAGCUAAGGCAAAGACUCGGUUUCGAGGCUUGCUCAAGCGUUACGUGGCCAAAGAGCCCCAAGAAGAACCACCGCCCAUAGCCGCCCCGACCGCGGGAACUUGCCCAGUGGGAGGUGAAACAGCUAGAGGUUUCGGGUAUUCUGGACCACCAAGAAUGAUGCAAAUGCCAAUGUUUACUUUGCCACGGAGAAUGGGACCACCGGGAUGGUUAGCACCGGGGACUAGACAGAGGUUGAUGGUUAAAUACGAGCACCCCGAGGUGAUCACUAGGAAGCCCCCGGCGCCUUAUCCCUUUGAUUUCUACGAGAGCAAAGGUUUUCCAGCAUCCGACUCGCUUUUCAACUAUUUUAGCGAUGAUCACGCGCAACCAUGUACUAUCAUGUAA